AUGUAUACUUACAAUAAGUUUGGCUCUCGAGCCUCUUCAUCGACUUCAAGCACAAACAACACUAUUUCAUCAAGCACCUAUGCUACUCAAGCAUCCUCAAGAACAACUGAGUCUAACGAGAAAAGUAAUUUAGUCAAAGUAACGAAGGAAACUGUUGAUUAUUGCAACCAUUAUGUCCACACUGGAGAGCCAGGCGUUAAACUUAUUAGGAACGUGAAAAACCCGUUAGAAGGAUAUCCCAAAUUGGCAAAGUUGCACCAUUUAAAACGUCUUCAAAUUAAAAAGCACACCUCGCAAGCUUAUGGUGCCAGAUGUACCACUGGUGAGAUAGUACCCACAUUAAAUCGAUGGAUAGAGAAUUACAACAUCCGUUUUGAUGUCAUUAUGAUUGGUGCUCUAGCUGAGAACCAAUUCAUUUUGCCAAUAUUGAACAGCAUUCCCAUUCAUCAGUUGUGUUCAAAACCUGGGUUUCUUUUCAUCUGGGCAACAACCCAGAAGAUUCAAGAGUUGACAAGACUUUUGAACAAUGACAACUUCAAUAAAAGAUUUAGAAGAUCAGAAGAGUUGAUCUUUUUGCCGAUAGAUGAUAAAUCACCAUAUUAUCCACAUAACUCCGGUGCUACAGAGGUAAUUCCGUUGUUUGAAAGACAACAAUGGCAUUGUUGGAUGUGUAUUACAGGCACCGUGAGAAGAUCUACCGAUAAUCAUUUGAUUCAUUGCAACAUUGAUACUGAUUUGCAAAUUGAAUCCCCAAAUGACAAGACACGACAGAAGUCAACAUACAAUGCUGUUCCAGAAGCUAUAUACAGAGUUGCUGAGAACUUUUCCAACUCCAACAGAAGAUUACAUUUGGUUCCAUCUAAAUUGGGGUAUUCGACUCCAAUCAGAUUACGUGCUGGGUGGGUCAUUAUGGGGCCAGAUGUGUUGAUCAACAAUUUCGAUCCAGUCAAGUACAAUGAGGAAUUGUACGCAAAAUCAAUGAUCAAAUACAAGUCUAAUAAUGGUAUUGGUGCUAAUACUAAUCCAAAUACAACAACAACAGCCACUACCACUCAAUUCUUGGUCCCGCAAACAAAUGAAAUCGAAGACUUGAGACCUAAAAGUCCAAUCAUCUCUGCUAAGUAG